AUAAAUAAUAAUCAACUCUACCUUCAUUCUCCAUCACUCAUUCCCUGCCUUAGAAACCAAAAUGGCUCAAAUCAUUGUACCCAGCAACAUAUUUCUAACCCUUAUUAUUGUAGCUGCAGCUGUAGCUGGGUAUGUGGAGGCACAAAGCCCAAGCACUAGCGAAGUGUCGGUGGCUGAUAUCGUCACGCCCGAAUUCUUCAACGGCAUAAUUGGCCAGGCCGAUGCAAGCUGUGCCGGCAAGAACUUUUAUUCCCGAGCUACCUUUCUUGAGGCUCUCAAGUCUUAUGAUCAGUUCGGUAAGAUUGGCUCCAUUGACGACUCUAAGCGUGAGAUUGCUGCCUUCUUUGCCCAUGUCACCCAUGAGACUGGACAUUUCUGCUACAUAGAAGAGAUAGAUGGACCCUCAAAGGACUACUGUGAUGAGAGCAACACACAAUAUCCAUGCAAGCCAAACAAGGGCUACUACGGGCGUGGACCAAUCCAACUAUCAUGGAACCCCAACUACGGCCGAGCCGGAGAGAGCAUUGGCUUCGACGGAUUAAACUCUCCUGAAACCGUUGCCAAUGACCCCAUCAUCUCCUUCAAGACGGCAUUGUGGUAUUGGAUGAACAGCGUCCGACCUGUCAUCGGAGAAGGUUUUGGCGCAACAAUACGAGCCAUUAAUGGUGCCCUUGAAUGUGAUGGUGGAAACCCUGCUACUGUUCAGAAACGUGUUAAGUAUUUCACUGAAUAUUGUAACCAACUUGGUAUUGCUCCCGGGGACAAUCUCACUUGCUAGGAGACAUCUCAGUUUACUCGCUGAGCUAGAAACAUUCAUCUCAGUUUAAUGAUAAAUGUAUACCCACAUAAAACAUUAAUGAAAUACCAGGAGAUUAUUCAUCCA